AUGUGUGAGAGUGGAGGGGAGGCCAGAGAUGAGGUGCAGCUGACCCAUCAGCAGCUGUGUCUGGAGGAGGUGAGCCAGGCUGUGUCCUGCCCCUCCUGUGGAGCCAUAUCCAUUUUCAUCGGGACAACCAGGGACAGUUUUGAGGGCAAGAAGGUGGUGCAGCUGGAGUAUGAGGCGUACGCUCCCAUGGCCCAAUCAGAGAUCCGGAAGAUCUGCAAGGAAAUACGUACAAGAUGGCCAACGGUCCAACACAUCUGUGUCUACCACAGACUGGGGGUGGUGCCAGUGACGGAGGCCAGUGUGAUCAUCGGCAUCUCCUCCCCUCACCGCCGCGACUCUCUGGAGGCCGUGCAGUUCUGCAUAGACACCCUGAAGGCAAGCGUUCCCAUCUGGAAGAAGGAAGUGUAUGAGGGAGAUGAACCCUGCUGGAAGGAGAACCAGGAGUGUCCCUGGACAGGAAGCAGAGCAGCAAGCUGACCUCUGACCUCUGAGCCUGUGUCUUGUCCUUAUGCACACUUUUUUGGACUUGUAACUGAUUAAUGGAUGGAUGGAUCAAUUGAUCCAGUCAGUCAAGACACUUAAAGAACCCAACUAACAGCUACUUUUCAUGAACAGACUUGAAAAGCAUGUGUUUGUGUUAUUUUGUAAAAGCUUUAUUAGAAUGACAUUAAGCAUCCUCACCAUAUCUAUGAAGACGUACAUCAAAGUCUCAAAGAAACACAAAACCAGAGCUGUGGGUGAGUACGCAGCCAUGGGUAAGAGUGAUUUGAUCCCAUUAGACACACCUCCCACUCUAAAGUCAUCCACAGUGUCUGUGUAUGGCCCCAGAAAGAUACCACCUGACUAAGGUCGUUGUGGACUCAUUCAUAUAUAUUUACAUUCUUUAAUGUCCAACAUCAGCCUUACUGACCACUGAAUUGCAGUUUAUUUCAUUUGCAAGUCAAAUAAAAGACUCUUGCUAGCUA